AUGGAUGUUAUAUUAAAUCGGCAUAUGUCGCAAUAUCCAAAUCGUUUACAAACUUUCUUCCCCCCACCCCCGCCGAAUGUGGAAUUUUCAAUUUCCAACUCUCCGAUGAAGUUGGCCGAGGCGGGAUUUAUCCGUAAAAUGAAUGCUGUUUCAGAUGAAGUUGAAUGCUGUUUUUGUGGAGCAAAAUACAGCAAUUGGUCAGGCGAAUCGCCGUUAGCUGUACAUCGUACCCUUAAUCCGAAGUGCAGUUUUCUUAACACACCACCGUCUACUAACACACAUAAUCUAGAUAACCACAACAAUGAAGAAGUGGAGGCGUUCAGGAAACAGCUAUGCCCAGAUAACAUUUCAUCGUCACCGUCAAGCAUUUUCAAUGUUCCAGACAUUCAGCAUCCAUUUCUUCCAAAGCAAGGAGGUUAUUUAAUGUUGUUUGAGGGCCAGCGAAGAUUAACUUUUAUUCAUGCAGACAUAUUUUCACCCGCUGCUGUAGUGUAUGCAGAGGGGGGUUUUGUGUACAAUGUAGCAACAAAAAGUGUUUUCUGUGUCUUCUGUAACGUCGAAUUGGACUUCAAACAAAGAAGCAGGCCAGUUUUAGACAGUGUUCAUGAAGAUAAAUCUCCACAGUGUCCUUUUAUGUGUUUGUUUGACGUGGGAAAUAUUUCUUUAGACACCGAAACACAAAUUCAUGAAAAGGUGUUUUUGCAGCGGCAACACAAAGCGCAGACUGACAGAGUGAAAUAUGCAAUAAAACAUCCACAGUUUGAGGAUGAGGACGUUCGAGUGGGUACAUAUUCAACCUGGCCUAAAUGUUUAGCCAGAACUUUCCCUAGCAGAAUGAUGGCUGAGUGUGGCUUCUACUACACAGGUUUCAGCGACAAGGUCAAGUGUUAUGCAUGUGGUAUCGGUCUCGCUGACUGGUCAACAGAUGCAGAUCCAGCCACGCAGCAUGCCAAAUCAUCACCACAUUGUGUGUUCUUGCUGCAUGCUAAAGGCAAGGAGUUCAUUGAGAGGGCACAAAAUGAGCAGUUAACUGUUGAAGCGGAUGAAGAAACAACCAUCCCACAGUUACCAGAAUCUGUUGCAGCAUCACCUACCAUCAUCUCAAGUUCAUCAGCGCCAUUACCAUCAUUAGCAGCAAAAAUGUCACCGACGUCACUAGCAUCAAACUCAGCAUCAGGAUCUCUAGUCCUGGACCUGGAGGCGGUGGAGGCAGCCAUGGCAUGUCGAUACCCAAACACAUCACUUUUGUUGGGAACACUUAAGGCAGCAGAUGAAAAUUAUGAGCGUCUUUGUGAAAAGAGCCAAGAAGUUCUGGAAAAGGAAGCACUGUAUCAAGAAAAAGCAGCUCAGUUCCAGAUCAAAGAGGCCCAGCACGAAGCGGAAAAGGCAGCAUAUCGGCAGGAGAUCCGAGCCAAAGACAGAGAACUUCAGCGCACCACAUUUGAACUGGAGUGGCGGGACUUGGUGAGGACAGAUUUAGAGCAGCAAUUUAUUGAACAGAUACAAGAGCUUAAGGAAUUGUUACAGCAGCAGAGGGAGCAGUUAGAACAGAAAGAUCAGGUUAUAGAGUACAACGCAGUUCAGUCUGAGGACCUCCAGAGACAUAUUAAAUCUCUCAGAGCGGAGCUGGACCGGAGGCAGAUGUCUCCUGCCAGUGAUGACGAGGAAUCGGCAUCUUCAUCUUCGGAUCAGGAACACACCAGCUGUGAGCCAGAUUCCCACUUAGACGAAAUACCAGUGGCAAACUGCAAAGUGUGUCUGGUCAAACCAUCCCAGAUUUUGUUUCUGCCAUGCAAGCAUCUAUGUUGCUGUGAUCAUUGCGCUUCUCGUCUUCAUGGAAAGAACUGUCCCAUUUGUAGGGAACGCAAUCUGGGUUUUGAGAAAGUUUAUGUGAUUUAA